UGAUAUGGAAUGCAAGGGCGGAUGACAGCGCAGCGCAGCCCCCUCGGCUUCGAUUGAUUUACGCCGAGACUGACGCUUUAUCAGGCACACGAAAAAAGUUUGACCAAUCAUUUUGCUGGGAGCUCACAACACAGCAGCCCAACUGUACUUUGUUGGCUGGGAAGUUGGAGAAGGGGGUAGAGUACAAAUCUAGAUCUGUCCUAUAUAUUUUUUUCCCUUCAUUGAACCGUGCUUUGUAUGAUGUCUGAGAAUGUCCAUUUCUGGGACUCUUAGCAAUUAUUAUGUCGACUCUAUUAUAAGUCAUGAAAGUGAAGACUCGCCUUCAGCUAAAUUUUCAUCUGGGCAAUAUACAAGUUCCAGGCAAGCUGGGCACAAUGAGCAUCUAGAAUUCCCCUCCUGUAGUUUUCAGCCAAAACCUCCAGUUUUCAGCGCCUCCUGGACUCCUUUGAAUCCACAUUCUUCUGGUACCCUUCCUGCCGUCUACCAUCCAUAUAUUCAACAUCAAAGCGUCCCAUCUGAUAGCAGGUAUCUCCGGAGCUGGCUGGAUCCAGUACCCAGAGCAGAGAACCUCCCCGGGCAGGGGUCUGUUAAGGCAGAGCCGCUGCUGGGCCGUCCCGGGGAUGUCCAUAAACAGGGAACACAGGAGUACAAUUUAGAAACUUCUGCUGCAAGGGAAGGGAUCGUUUCCAAUCAAAGGCCCAGCUUCGAGGACAAUAAAGUUUGUGAAGGAAGCGAAGACAAAGACAGGACAGAUCAAACCAACCCAGCUGCCAGCUGGCUUCACGCCCGUUCCUCCAGGAAAAAACGAUGCCCUUACACCAAAUACCAGACCCUGGAACUAGAGAAGGAGUUUUUAUUCAAUAUGUACCUGACGAGGGACCGUAGACACGAAGUGGCCAGACUCCUCAACCUGAGUGAGAGACAAGUCAAAAUCUGGUUUCAGAACCGAAGGAUGAAAAUGAAGAAAAUGAACAAGGAACAGGGCAAAGAAUGAAAAAGAAAAAAAAAAACAAAACAAACCCGACAAAAACCCAGAAAAGCAACAUCCCCCCCCAUCCCCUUCCCCCCCCAGCUCCCAGCCUCCGCGGCCGCGCACCCCCACUGUAGUGCUGCCAAACACCCCAAACACGAGGGGAAAAACCUCCCCGUGUCCCAUCUCCACCUUUGCAUGCGAGAUGUUGCUUUAUUUUUUUUUUUUUAAAUCUUCUUAGUAUUGCCACAUAGGAGGCAACUUAGCCUAAACUGCAGCUCCUUUUUGGGGACACAUGCUGGGUUUUGUUUCUGUUCUCUUGUUUUCUUUCUCUAUUUCCCCCCCCCUUUCUCUUUUCUUCUCCCUGCAGUGGAACAUAGACACAGGCUCCUGUCUGAGCAGCAGCUUUCUCUGCUCGCAUUUUCUCCAUGGAAAGCAAGACGGCAAACACAACUGGCCGCAAACAACCCUGGCCCAAGCCCCCACCAAACCUCGCUGUCUUUCUUUAUCCACGUAAGGACAAUGAUUCUCUAUAACAUUCACAACACCCCGGCGCACACACACACACACGUUGAGGUGGCCAAGGAACCAGACGAUUUAAUUAAACUACUGCAAGACAGACACAUUCGUAAGACUUGCGUUUAAUUGCACCCAACAAAUCAUUUUCAAUUCGCCAACUUUAUACCGGGGUAGUCGGUUAAUGACAGCCCAGCUCCCAACCGGGCUGGGUUUCUUUUCUUUUAUUUUUGUCUUUCUUUCUUUCUUUCUAUUUUUUUUUAGUUUGUUUUAUUAUGCGGGAUUUUUAUUUGAAUCGUGCCAUGGCAGAUAUGUGACUUUGACCUGAAAGUUUAGUAGGAUCUUUACAGGCAGCCCUCCUCAUCUGGUAGUUUUAUACUGGGUCACUUGGAAGAGGAGAAAGGACGGGGAGGGAGGCGAGAGAGUGUGUGGGGGGCACUCUCAGAGCCGCAUUGUAAAUUAUUUAGGAGAAAAAGGGGCGGAAGAACCCCUGCCAACUUAUUCCUAACUUUUAGAGGAGAGGAAGAAAGGGAUUUUCUAGUUAAAAAACUACCUUAGUAGAGCUAUAAGGGAGGGGAAGGUUGUGUUCUUAGUGCUAGCAUAUUUAUAAUUUAUUGUGAAUUGACUUUUCCUAAAGCAGUAGGCUGUUGCAGAGAUAAAGUGCCAACCCUAGCCUGUGUGUAUUUCUUCCCCCUCCCGUUUGCUGAGAUGCUUUUAAUACUUGAAUGUCGGUGGGGUUUUGUUGGGGUGGGGUUUUUGUGGGUGGUUUUGUUGUUUUUUUUUUCGUCUGAAGCGAGCUCCCGGCAUGUUUUCCCAUUGCCACCCGCUUUCCUCCGGGGCCCGGUGCCACGCCGGGGCCCCGCCGCCUCCCCGGGGAAGGAACCUCGUCCCGCGGGUGGCACCGGGGGAUGCGUCGGCUCCGCGCCAUCCUCAUCCUCAUCCCCAAGAAGGGUUUAGAGUAACAAAUCUGGACCUUGCUGGUCUCAUGUCACGCCGGCCGGAGCUGAUUUCUCAUCUGACAGAUCCGCUGGAGGUUUCUCCAACCCGCCCGGGCGGGACUGGUUUCCGUUUAUCUCUGUAAGACUUAACUUUGUUUUGGGAAGGGAGGGGGGGGAACGGGAGGAGGGAGGGGGUCCGGGGGGGUUAGUACCAGUCGAUUAUAUGGUGGGUAUUGUAAACUGUGUUUGUGGUUGUGUUUCUGUGACUGUUGAAGCUCGUUUUCUGUUUCUACUGUGGCUUUUUAAGUAUGCGAAGAGUUCUGCAGUUGAUAGUGGAUGGAAAAUGUCGAAAUAAACCUCUCUCGUUUUCUUCGUGUGCAAAUUUGUAUAUUUAGCUGCCAGGAGGCUUUCUAGGAACAAGGCGAGUGUAAGGUGCCUAGUUUUAAUAGGGCGGGGGGGGGGAAUAGAGAAAAGAAAUUUAUUUCUGCUGUAUAUCUGAAGGAGCCAGUGCAGAUCUGAUUUCAGAAGUGACUAAUUUGUGUAUCCUCAGCGUCAGGUUUUGUGAGACCACUUUUAUCUGGUGAACAGGGAUUGCUCUGGGAAGGAGCGAUAGGCAGAUUUGUGUUUUUGGAAAGUGUUCCUGCCUUUUUUUUUUUUUUUUUGCCUCCCCCCUCCCCCCCCCCGCCAUGAUCCAGAGAUAAGAAUCAAGUAGCUGCGCCUCGGUGCACUGAAAUUUCCACCACUUCAAUUCCCCUUGAAAGGGGUUAAAAAAUAAAUAAAUAAAAUCUCCUACUCGACAAGAAACCGAAUCUUAACUGUUUAAGACCAUUCCUCAGAAAGUUUUGUGCCUUUUUUUUCCUUUUUUUUUUUAAUGCCUAGACUUUCUCAUGUAAAACUUUCCAUCAUGAAGUAGCUCCUUGGGGGUUUCAAAAUUUAACUGUUCUGUUGCCGGAGGGUGUUAAAUGUAACCAAACUUCACCCUGUGCCAAAGCGCCUAAUCUCCUUCCUCGAAACUCAAUUAAGAAAAGCUGUUUCGGAGACAUUUUGAGCCGAGGAAAAAAAAGUUGGUGGCAGCAGCAUCAUUUCUCUAAAUCUGGAUUUAUUAAAAAUAAAUAAAUAAAUAGUGGGUCAGAAAAGUUGAUUUAUCUGUGUUUAAGCUGGGCAGUCAAAUUUUUCAGUUUUGUUUGAUUCUUCUCAAGGAUGGAUGAAUUUCAAAUCUGCUUCGUGCUGAAUUGGUGUGUUCCUCAUCUCUCGAACUGAGUAUGGACUUGCCUAAAUCCUCAUUACUAUAUUUUUCAGAAGCGUAUCCGUGACUUAAUUGAUGUUUGCAACCCAUCGGCCACUAGGAUUUAGAAACGUUUUUCACUUUCCUUAGAAUUGUGGUAAAGAGCGGAUAUUUUUAAGACGACGAUAUAAGGUUCUUUUUAAAUAGAAUUUAAAAUGUUAGUUCAUUUUAUUAGGAAAUAUGCUUACUUAAGGAAUGUUGGAAAAACUGUCUUCUGUAGCAUCAGCCCGGAUGUAUUUUCCAGAGAUGUUUAAUGCUCCAGAAUAAAAAUCGAUUUUAGAACAACAGCUCCUAUAUGUCAUUGUGUUAUACUGCUUCAUCUAAAAUUUCAGAAAUAUUUUUAUUGUGUUUUCCUGUGUUCUUUAGUGGCUCGUUAAGUGUAUUAUAAGAACCAAUUUUUGCUUUGUCCAGAGGCAAAUGGAGAUAAUUCCUCUCUGGCGUAGCGAGUGCUUAUUUGGUCCCACGCAAACUUGCUGCCUUUCUAAAUACUUUUUUAUUUUUAAAUCGGAGAUCUUUAAUCUUUGGUUACAUUUACCGGUGGCUGCUUGUUUGUUUGCUUGUUUAUUUGUUUGUUUUUGAGGGCUUGAUCUUUGCUUUCCCGCAUCAGCCUUAGGGGACCAGAAGCAAAGGCGCAGAGUGGGCUGGCUUUAUUUGACUUUCUUUGGCUUAUUCCCCUACCGCCCAAGGAAAACUUUGCUAAAGAAAAAUUAGAAACCCAAAACAAACAGUGAGAAACCCCACCCCGCUUUCCCUGCUUGGCAUCACCUCGGAUUUGACACGCGGUUCCUUUUUCCAAGGGCUCAAUGAGCGGCUCCUAUAACUCCGUCUCUAAAUUCGUUUGACGUUUUAUUGCUCAUGAAGAAAUACAAGCGCUUGGAAAGUGUUUCUAUCUCUAUAUUUAAAAAACAAACAAACCCUAAGACCUGCUCAGCCCUGCAGGAAGCAGGUAGUGAGAAAUAUAACCAAGAAUCUCUCUCCACUAAUUUUUAACAUAAUGGGCGCUCUAAAGGGCAAUAUUUCACUUCUUAAAAAAAAUCCUUUCUUUGGGGCAGCUCUGAAAAGAAAACAAAAGAAGAAGAAAGAUAUUUGGAACUUAGUGAGGGAAGAGAGAGAAAGGGAAGUAACUUGUCAUAAAAAAAGGAAAAUUCAGUGCAGUGUGCUGCAAUAAAAGAAUAUGACCGCUAUAAAACUUUAUAGGGUAUAAAUUUCUGAAGGUUAAGGAACUAAACGGCUGUAAAGCAAACAGUGCA